CGAAGAUUAGCGAAGCGAAAGAGCGAGCGAGCGAGCUAAACUAGUAGAUGGCGGGAGUGAUCUCGUGUGAUAUAACUGUGUUAGAUUAGUUUUUAAAUUGUAGUGUUUAAUUUCUAGUAUAGUUAUUAAAAUGACUAGAGCUAAAAUAGAACUGGGCGACGUAACCCCACAUAAUAUAAAGCAACUGAAGAAGUUGAACACAGUCGUAUUUCCAGUGUCUUACAACGACAAAUUCUACAAAGAUGUAUUAGAAGCAGGUGAACUGGCCAAGUUAGCAUAUUACAAUGAUAUCGUGGUGGGAGCAGUGUGCUGCAGAAUAGACACGUCGGAGAACUCGCGGCGGCUUUAUAUUAUGACACUGGGGUGCUUGUACCCAUACAGAAGAUUGGGCAUUGGAACUCUUAUGGUGGAACAUGUGCUCAAGUAUGUGGAACAGGACGGCAAUUUCGACAGCAUUUUCUUGCAUGUUCAAGUGAACAAUGAGGGUGCAAUAGAUUUUUAUAAGAAGUUUGGAUUCGAGAUUGUGGAGACUAAGGAGCACUAUUACAAGAGGAUAGAGCCAGCCGAUGCCCAUGUACUACAGAAGACGAUCAGACAGCCACAACCCCCCGUACCUUUACUAAAUGGCACAGUACCACAUGCAAAGACCAACGGACAUGAUUGAAUACACAGCUACACCCUAAACUUGUACUUGUAAAGCCUCAGCUCGGUUGUUAACGUGAACCAAGUGAUAACAUAAAUGUGUAAGAAUCAUAAUAAAAACACUGUGUGCACAGGAUUGAUUACAUUAAGAUAUAUGUAUUGUAAAGGAUGGGUUAAUCAGUAAGUUGUGGUUGUGGACGCAUGAGGCCAUAAAUAUAGUACUAGAAAUGACUGAUAUUCCAUUCAGUAUCAUAUAUGUUGUACAGAAUAUGUUCAUAAUAAAACAUAUUUAAUAAAUGUAUUGACUACAUUUCAAUAUGCAUUACUGUCUAGUACUCUUUACAAGUAUCUCUAUGACUUUUUAAACUAGCAUUCAACUUGUAAAUUGACCCUUUUCAUCAUUUAUAUAAGUGUAUGUAAAGUAAUGGAUAAUGCUUAGCU